GCUUCAUCAGCUCAUUCAAUUCUCGUUCCAUCCCUCGUCUCUUGUGUCCCGCCUCCGUUCCAUAAUUCACCAGCGUCGUCCUACCCAUAUCUCCCAUCGUCUUCUCCCUCGCGCCAUCAGCUUCCCCAAGCCAGCGGCGACCAUGAUCUCCCCGGACACCAUCCGCACGGCCAUCGGCGUCAUCGGCAAUGGAACUGCACUCGUGCUCUUCCUCUCCCCAGUGCCUACGUUCAUCCGCAUCUGGAAGAAAGGGUCGGUGGAGCAGUACUCGCCGAUCCCGUACGUGGCGACGCUGCUGAACUGCAUGAUGUGGGUGCUGUACGGGCUGCCGGCGGUGCACCCGCACAGCAUGCUGGUGAUCACCAUCAACGGCACCGGCAUGGCGAUCCAGCUGACCUACGUGGCGCUCUUCCUCCUCUACUCGGUGGGGGCUGCGCGGCGCAAGGUGGUCCUGCUGCUGGCCGCCGAGGUGGGCUUCGUCGGCGCCGUCGCCGCGCUGGUGCUCAGCCUGGCGCACACGCACGAGCGCAGGUCCAUGGUGGUCGGCAUCCUCUGCGUCCUCUUCGGCACCGGCAUGUACGCCGCCCCGCUCUCCGUCAUGAAAAUGGUGAUCCAGACAAAGAGCGUGGAGUACAUGCCCCUGUUCCUGUCGCUGGCUUCCCUCGUGAAUGGCAUCUGCUGGACUGCUUACGCGCUCAUCCGCUUCGACCUCUACAUUACUAUCCCCAACGGGCUGGGCGUGCUGUUCGCGGUGGCGCAGCUGGUGCUGUACGCCAUCUACUACAAGUCCACCCAGGAGAUCAUCGAGGCGCGCAAGCGCAAGGCCGACCAGAUCGCCAUGACCGGGGUGGUCGUCGACGGCGGCAAGACCAACAACCAAGCCGGCGCGGGCCAAUACUGACCGACGAUCAAGUGACGAUCGACACCAAUAUGCUCAAGCAAGAAGCCAGCGGCAAAUCAAUUAUGUCGCCGCUGGGUUUUAUGUAUUUUGUGAUUCUAUAUGCACGCUGCUUGUCCGUCCCGGCCAAUGGAAAAAAAAGGGGGAAGAAAAAAUGUCUGUCGGUAUAUGUGUUCUCGCCGAAUAACUCUCGCGCAUAGCUAGCUGGUGGGGCUGAGUCACUGCCUUCGCUAUAUGUAUACGUGCAAAAAUUAGAGGUGGAGGGUUGUUUUAGCUAAUCCCACCUUAAUUCCAAGGCAGAGUGACCUUUUUUUUUCUCCUUCUGUUUCGGCUAGGAUUUUGCUAUAAUUGAGCAAUUUAGCGCGACUUGUUAUUGGUGUUGGUGUGUCUCAAUCAAAUAGUAAAAUGUUCAUUUUACUCUUUC